UCUUUUGGUGUUUUGAGGAAAUAUAAUGAGGGGAGGCUAAACUCUUUUUAAGAAAUAACCUAAAUGAUACAUGUUCUUACACAACACUUAUUUCAACCAUGUGGAGGAAUGAGCCUCAGUCUUGUUCUGAAUCCCCCAGCCCCCCAGUUAACCUUUAUAUCCAUAUGCACUUGUUUACAACCUAUGGACAUUAUUUCAUUUUCUGUAACAUGCAUAAAUAUAUAUAUAUCCUUUAUUUAAUACGUGAGCAUGUUGUAUGAACACAAUAUUCUGAACAACCCCUAAACAUAUACUAUAUAUUCCUGUGAUAGGAGCGAGACGCUAUGACGUUAAUGUACACAAUUUAAGCACCGUUCACGAUGCUUACGACUUUAGAACUUAAAUGUAAUGGAAAGGAUAUCCAAAAUGUAACGGAAACGGAUAUCCCUGUGAUCCGUGAAGAGUCAAGACCUCUUUAAUAGGUCCAUGGUGAAGACGCCCCUCAGAGCGUGGACCUAUAGGCUCAGAGCCGAACCACCUCUCACCACAACAUUUCCUGAACCACUUCACACACAACACUUCUGCUGCUAUCCAUUUGGAUGGUAGGCUGGUACGAACGACCAGCUUCAGCGAGAACGUGACGUAUUUCCCUUGCUCCAGCCUUCCAGUUUGCUAUUUGUGUCCGACGAGUUUGAGAAGAAAACUAUUUUGGAAAAAAUAAAUAAUCCAGUAUAAUGGUCGCCAGCCUUUACAGAAACAUUAACAUUGCAAGCCUUUUACAUUGCAAUAAUAUCUUGCCAUUUUCGCCAAUUUUAAUUUCAACAAGUUCUGUCGUGUUUCUGUCGAGCCACGAGGGGUAGUAGCGGGCUAGUCAUCAUUAGCAACAUAGCCUCUUUAGCAAACCAGCUUGAAAACACAACUUUACAUUGAUUUGCACGCAAAGCAUGACCGUGCAAUGCAUAAAUUGGUGACCGGAUUAAAGCAGCAAUGAAAUCAAGUGUGUAAGAGGAUUUAACAUUACAACCCCCAACGUGGUACAAAUACAAAGAAAAUACAGCUCAAUCCCCAUUGACUAUGGGCGCAGCCAUCUUCUUUGCUAGUUGUACAGAUCUGCUCGCUCUACUUUGAAAGCGACGAGAUACUACGACCGAAAGGGGGCGUGCCUCAGUGAAAUGCCGCAAGAAAGCCGGGAGAUUUGCGACUUUACCACUUCGUACAUCCAAAUGGAUAGCAGCAUUAUCUUGAAGAGCAGUAGCAGCUUCUAAAUCACUGCUAACAGCUUCCGGACCAAUUGGAGCGGUUUCGAAGACAUAAUGCCGCCCAAAAAGAGAAGAACACCCUCAACAAAUGGCAAUAUAGAGAGGUUUUUUAAAAAGACAGAAGUAAGAGAGAACGCUGGUGCGAACAGGGAAGAGGUCGGGGAGGAAGGAGUGCCAGGUGGAGGAGUCACAGGUGGAGGAGUCACAGGUGAAGGAGUGAGAGGUGGAGGAGUGCCAGGUGGACGAGUGCCAGGUGGACGAGUGAGAGGUGGAGGGAGUCAGGAGAACCCUGAUGCAACCCAGGAGGAGAAUGCAGGGGGUGAGAGAACCUCCAAUCUACCGGACACGCCCUCUGUGAACCCAGACACGCCCUCUGUGAACCCAGACACGCCCUCUGUGAACCCGGGCACGCCCUCUGUGAACCCGGGCACGCCCUGUGUGAAGCAGGAGGAAAUGGAAGAAGAGCAACAUGGGCAUACCAUCUACUGGAAGUAUGACAAAGAAAAUAAAAAAUACAGGUGCUACUGCAACAAAGCUGGGACAAUCUACGAAUCCCUUCAGAGAUUUCCUAAAUUUCAAGAGCUAGAACAAAAAAGUGCCCAAGCAGAUCCCAAAAAGAAAAAAGAACUUGUUAUUCUCAUUUCAGUUAAGACAGCUAUAAGUUCACAUUUUCCAUGCUCGCACAUUCCUACUGAAAACCUGACCAUAAAGUUCAUAAAUGCAAAAGAUAACCAGACAACCACGGAAAGUAUAAAAAUAGAGAAUCCUGGCGAGAUUAUUCGAUUUUCCAUAAAAACAUCUGGAACUACAAACAUAAGAAAAGUGGUUAUGAAAAAUCUUGAGCUGAAAGAAAUAGUGGAUGAGGUUUUGGUGUAUGGGUACAAAGGUCAAACUGUAAGAGAAGCCCUGGAGCAAGAUGGACGUUUUAAUGACGAGGUAUUACAAAGCAAUUAUUUUCUGGAGGACACAAAGGAUGGUAAUCUCACUGAAAUGUCCAGCCCUGUAGAUGUACUGCAUGAAAAAUGUUUCUCGGUGAGGCGUAUUGGUAAAAACGGGACAAAACAGGAGGCAAAGUCAAGUAGGACUGCAAGCCCCAAAGGCAAUCAGCCAACCCCAAAUCCAAGCAAGCAGCCAAAUCCGAGCGAUCAGCCAACCCCAGAUCAGAGCAAUCAGCCAACCCCAGAUCAGAGCAAUCAGCCAACCCCAAACAAGAGCAGUCAGGUGUCCAUCUAUCAGCCUAUACCGAACUCUGAGGACCUGUUGCAACUCCUUCGUUCUCAGUUUAAAGAUCUAGUCAAACAAAUGAAAGAACGGCAGAAUCUUACUCCUAUAGCUUACCGAAAUCUUCUCUCUCAAGAGUUUGGGAAAAGCACAAAGUUUUGCCAUGAGGUGAGAGCGAUGAGGAAGUUUCUAGAGCUUGGUGAUUCUGUUUGCCAGGUGAGAAUAGAUGUCUCGGCAGUAGGGAGUGGCUUUCUUCUAUUUGGAAAGUACAUCCUAACAAACGGCCACGUAGUCCUUGAUGAGGCAAAACACCCGAAGGAAAAGAUAACUGUUAUUUUCUCCUAUGAGGAACUUACAGACAGCCAGUUAAUGGAUGUGAAGGUCGUUGCCAGUGAGCUUUAUGAUGAUGCUGCAGGCCACAAGCAUGAUUGGGCUUUGCUGGAGGUAUGUGAUGAUCUAAAUGCCCAACCAAUAAAGGCAAAGCCUCUACUGAAGGACUUUGGAUUGGUUACUGAAAGGGGUCAGAUUUGCAUCAUCGGGCACCCGGAGGGGAAGGUCAAAAUGAUGGACCCAUGCUUCACAAUCCCUCUCUCUGAACGUGAAAGAUUUUUGUAACUGGAAAUUACUUUUCUCCAAA